UGCGACCGAAGCUAGCUAGCAGCUCUUCUUGCUUUGCAUUAAUUAUUGCGAGAUGACGAUGUCCAUUGUUGCUGCCGUGCUGCUGUUGCUGCUCGUCCAUGUCCAUCCACGGGCGGCAGCGGCGCAACCUUCGCCGGGCUACUUCCCGAGCUCCACAGUGAGGCCCAUGGCCUUCUCGGAUGGAUACGACAACCUGUGGGGGCCGCAGCACCAGACGCUGUCGCAGGACAGGAUGGCGCUGACGCUCUUGAUGGACCGCACCUCAGGCAGCGGGUUCAAGUCCAAGCGCUCGUACCGGAACGGCUACUUCGGCGUCUCCAUCAAGGUGCAGCCGGGCUACACCGCCGGCGUCAACACCGCCUUCUACCUGUCCAACAACGAGCUGUACCCUGGGAGGCACGACGAGAUCGACAUGGAGCUGCUGGGCACCGUGCCGGGGGAGCCCUACACGCUGCAGACCAACGUGUACGUGCGGGGCACCGGCGACGGCGCGCGCCUCGUGGGGCGGGAGAUGCGCUUCCACCUCUGGUUCGACCCGGCCGCCGACUUCCACCACUACGCCAUCCUCUGGAACCCCGACCAGAUCGUCUUCCUCGUCGACGACGUCCCCAUCAGGCGCUACGCCGCCGCCAGUGCGCCGUUCUUCCCCGACCGCCAGAUGUGGGCGUACGGCUCCAUCUGGGACGCCUCCGACUGGGCCACCGACGGAGGCCGCUACAGGGCCGACUACAGCUACCAGCCCUUCCUGGCAGGAUUCCGGGGGUUCAGGACCGCCGGAUGCGAGGCCGCCGCGCCCGCCCAGUGCCGUCCCGUGCCGGCGUCCCCCGCCGGCGCCGGACUUAGCGUGCAGCAGCGGGACGCCAUGCGCUGGGCGCAGCAGACCUCCAUGGUCUACUACUACUGCCAGGAUUACACCAAGGAUCGCUCCUUGUACCCAGAGUGCUCGCUCGCUAGCUAGCCUAGCUAGCACUACCACUACCAGAGCAUGCAUGGAGGAGGCGUGCGAGUGAAGAAGCGCCGCCCUACGUACGUACCGUUCUAAAAUUGUAUGUACAAUUAAGUCUCCAUCCACAUCCAUAUAUACAACAUAUGUAAUGUAUAAUUAAGUCCAUUAUUAAUUUAAUCAUCAAAAAUGGAACAUGCCUAUAUAUUUCCU